AUGCUGCAUGUCAUCUCUUGAUCAUUUAGAAUGGCCCACAGUCUGUGUCCUUCAGGUCUGCCUUCAGACAAAAACAUCUCUUUAAGUGCCACUCGAGUGAUAGUGAAGACACCAGGUAGUCAAAAAUUUUUUAUAGUAACUGAUGACACCUCAGUGAGGCAGUUCAAAGAGAAGUUAUCUGCUUACUUCAAAUGCAAAAUGGAUCAACUAGUACUGGUCUUCAUGGGCCGUCUUCUCAAAGAUCAUGACACAUUGAGACAGAGGGGUAUCCUGAAUGGUCACACCAUCCACUUGGUCAUCAAGGCAAAACAGGGCUCCAGAUCCCAAGUCCAUUCUUCCAAGAACUUUCCAAGCAAUAAUCCUUGCAGCCAGGACAGAAACAACAAAAACACCAAACGAAACAUAAAUGGAGUAUCUCAACCAGCUAAUCUAAUAUCUCAACCUGUUGAUCUAAGUCACAACUCAGUGGAAUCAGAUGUCUAUUUUAAACCCAAUGCAUCCAAGUUAUCAGGCCAAAACCUGAACAUGGGUAGACAAAAACAUGUUACACCCAGGCUGGAGAAUCCUAUCAGACAGUGGCUUCUGUCCAAGAGGAGCAUCAUUGACCAAUUUAUUGAAGAACAUCCAGCUAUGCAACAGUUGAUGAAGCAGGACCCAGAUAUUUCACACAUCCUCCACAAUUUUGAAAUAUUAUGCCAGACUCUUGAACUGGCCAGAAAGUUUGCCAUGAUCCAAGAGAUAGUGAAGAUCUGUCAACCUACAAAUAAUCUUGAGCAAUCUCCUUACCCACAAUCACCGGGUUUAAAGAUAAUUUCAGGUGGGGAUAAUGUACUAGUUCAGAGGUAUUCUAAUUUCAAUGACCAAAGCAUCAACAGCAUAAAAUAUACCUUUGAGAUCUCAUAUCAUAGAAGCAUGAUGCAGUUGCUUUUGAAGAGACCCAACCUGGUAAUUCAGAUGAUGCUAUUCAUGAGGAUACUCCAGCUGAAUGAACAGUAA